AUGGCUGUACAAUGGAAAGACAUGAGCGAUGUCCAUGAUUUCGUUGCGAAUAUCCUCUGUGAUUUCAUCUGUGACAAAAAUAGUACCAAACUCUGGAUAAAUAAAAUCGAACUUAAAUGUGAAGAAUCAUUUUCCUUCGCUUCUCUUGAGAUUGGAAAGAAACGCCUGGGUUUGAAAGUCUUUGCCGAGGCGUUUAAAGUAAUUGGCAACCCAUUGGUAAUUUCCAAGCUUAGGAACACUUCUUCCCAAAUCGCUUGUCCAGAUGCUGUGUUUGUGGAUUUAACAACAUGCAGAAAAAGAGAGCUCAUACUUGAAACGCUAUUUCCUAGUAUAGUUGGCAAUGUGAAUGGGGACACCCAUGUAAAAUUUAUGUCAGAAACAUCUGUGAAAGUAAAUGAAAUCUCAAUAAAGGAAAUCCCUAUCAGUGGAUCUCCUCUAGAGUGCAAUGAACAGGGUGAUCCAUCUAAAACUUUUGAUAUCCCACAAAAUGUGAAAAUACAAACUGUUGAUGGUUUAGGAUCAAAGAGGUAUUCUGACCCAAAGUUGGAAUCGAGUUUAAAUGUUUCCACUCAGUUUCCUUCGGCAAAUGACCAUCUUCAAGUACAUCAAAACUUUCCAGUUUCUAUAAAUAUUAAACCUGUUCGUCCAAUCGUUGAUUCAAAGGUAUUAAACCAGAGUGCUUCACUGCAUUCACCUGUUUCCAUAUUGCAAGAUUCAGAUGAGGGGUUCUGGAAGCCAUUUUCUGAUAUUCAGAAGAUAGACAUAAGGGAAUUUCAGAAAAGUUUCUUUCCAAAAUUUUAA